AAACCACGAAAGUUCAAUAGAAGAACCUGCACUUAAAAUAAUAAGUUAUAAAAUAUUUUCUAAGAACUCAAAAUAAUCUCAUUUCAAAUAUUUUGGUUCACGUAAAUUUGGUCAAUGAUGAUAAGAGGUAGCUUAGAGGCUUAGACCAAUUGUAAUUUGUAAGAGGAAUAAUAUAUUAUUUGAAAAACAAAGUCCAUUACGACUAUUGAUUAGUGAAUACAAUUUCCUCAACCCUGAAAUUUAUAUAACUUAUGUACCAAAUUUGUUAUUCACCCACCCAUAGUACCUCUUGGCCAAUUAUGUUUGAUAUAGUUGAUGUGUAAGAUGUAACACUUAAAGCCGAGUCUUGUUACUGAUAUCCGGGUAGUGGUCCUCGUUAUUAGUCGAAAAGAAAAGGAAAAGGAUAACAUAGAAAAGGAGAAGAAGAUGCUUCUUACACUGCUGGCUGCUGCAAAUCAACUUGCUGGAAAAUCAAACUCUUUAAACCCCUAAAAACAUAAUUUAAACACAAAUUCAUCACCCUUUUGUCCUCUUUAUCCCUCCAUUUGCAUUAAUCUAUUAUACCAUCACAUUCAAAUCACCCCAUUUCCCCUUAUUUUUACUAUAAACCCACCAUCUCAACCCUCUAAUCUCCCCCCUUUAGCAACUCCAUCCCUCCUCCUAAACCAACCCAACCGAAAUGUUUUCACCGGUUGCGCAACCUCCAACCACCAUCAUCACUUUCUCUGCCCUCGCCUUCCUCCUCCUCCUCCUCUUCUCUCCUGACUCUAGCGCCGCCAUCAUUUCCUCGCACACGUUCGGGUUUCCCUUUGACCACACCUACUACGACACCUUCCAAGUCCAAUCCCCAGCCACUAUCAGCAACGGUGCACUCCAAGUCACACCCGACUCCGCGGGUAACUUCACACUAACUAACCGUGCUGGCCGCAUUCUAUUCAAACAACCUUUCGUUUUAUGGGAGUCGCACGGGUAUAACCGUACCCGUGUCGCCUCAUUCAACACUUCCUUUCUCAUCAAUAUAUUUCGCAUCAACAAUACCGACGGCACCCCCGUCACUCCUGGCGAGGGUGUCGCCUUUAUCAUCGCACCUGACCUCGCUGUCCCUCCUGGUAGCUCCGACGAGUUCCUCGGGUUGACCAACUCCUCCUCCGACGGUAACCCCAACAACAAACUCCUCGCUGUCGAGUUCGAUACCGUUAUGAACGGGCCUUACGACCCGGAUGAUAACCAUAUCGGGGUCGAUAUCAACUCUAUUAGAUCUAACCACACGGUUUCUCUAUCUGAUUUUAAUAUCACUCUCGCGCCUAAUGGGACGGUAUUUCAUAAGGUCUGGAUGUUCUACGAUGGCGGUGAGAGUAAAUCUCUCACCGUCUAUAUGGUAGACCUCUACGACCAACAAGCGGAGGCGGUUAUGCCGGAUACACCGGUAAUGAAUGUGACCGGCAUCGAUCUGAGCAAGAUUGUUAGCCCGGUUUCGUAUUUCGGGUUUUCCGCGUCAACCGGAGACGUCAUCGCGGAGCUCCAUUGUGUUCUAAGCUGGAACAUAACAGUGGAAACAAUUAAAGAACCUGGUGCUGGAAAAGUUACAAUUGUUCUCGCAGUCGUUAUUCCUGUGGCGGUAAUAUUAUUAAUAAGUAUUGGAAUAGGAUGGUACUUUUGGAAUAAGAAAACCCGGGGAUCGAUGUCAGACCCGAACAUACUCGGAGCUUUGAAGAGUUUACCGGGUAUGCCGAGGGAGUAUGAUUUUAAGGAGCUUAAAAAGGCGACAAAUAAUUUCGACGAGAAAAAUAAAUUGGGACAAGGAGGUUAUGGUACGGUAUAUAAAGGGUUGUUACCGGUUGAAGCUUUUGAAGAAGUUGCGGUAAAAAAGUUUUCGAGGGAUGAGAUAAAAAGUAAGGAUGAUUUUUUGGCUGAACUUACGAUUAUUAAUAGGUUGCGUCACCGAAAUCUCGUCAAAUUACUAGGGUGGUGCCAUCAAAAUGGGACACUGCUACUAGUCUAUGAGUACAUGCCCAACGGCAGCCUAGACAAGCACAUAUUCUGUGGGGAGGACAAGGUGCCCUUAAGCUGGGAGCUCCGUUUCAAGGCCCUGAAGGGGGUAGCCUCCGCUCUUCACUACCUGCAUAAUGAGUUUGAUGAGAAGGUGAUUCACCGGGACUUGAAGGCAAGCAAUGUCAUGCUCGAUACCAACUUCAAUGCUCGUCUUGGUGAUUUUGGCUUAGCUCGUGCAUUAGACCAUGAAAAAACCUCAUAUGCCGAGCUGGAGGAGGGUGUGCACGGCACAAUGGGGUACAUUGCUCCUGAGUGCUUCCACACAGGCAGGGCUACUAGAGAGUCUGACAUUUUCGGCCUUGGAGCAGUCCUUCUUGAGGUGGCUUGUGGGCUUCGACCUUGGACAAAGAAGGGUGGCUAUCAAUGUACAGUUGACUGGGUGUGGUCAAUGCACAGAGAUGGAAACAUCUUAGGGGCAAUCGACGAGAGGCUAGGAAACGAGUAUGUGGCCGAGGAGGCAGAACGAGUUUUGCUCCUAGGUUUGGCCUGCUCUCACCCUACAGCAACAGAGAGGCCUAAGACACAAGCAAUCAAACAGAUACUGUCAGGGUCAGUUCCUAUGCCUCAUGUACCGCCUUUCAAGCCAUCUUUCGUAUGGCCAGCAAUGGGUCCUAUGAACGGCGCCACCUCAGAAAUGACAGCCGAGACCACCAUCGCAUCAUCACAGUAUGAUAACUCUCUUUGGACUCCCCGUUCUGAUGUCAGCCCACAUAGUGGUAGUGUAUACUCCAUGGCAUGAUAGGAACAAUAUAUCAUCAGAUAACAACAUAACAGCAGCAACAAUUAUGGCAUUCCUGCUGUAUUUUUUCCCUUUUUCUGGUAACUUUUCUGUCAUUUAUAUGAAAAGUUCUGCUUAAUUCAUAGUUCAGGGCAUAAGCAAUUAAGCACUUGAAUUUGUGUCCCAAUUUUUUUCCCACUUUAUUUGUACAUGGGGAAGAGGGUGGAUUGUCAAUGUAAAUUAUAAUUUGAUUAUUUCAUUAGUUGUGGUUGUACUCCUGUGCGUUGGUAAACCUGCAAUGUAUAAGCAGUUACUACCAUGCUGAUAAACCUGCAAUGUUUCCGAAGGAAGACAGUGAUUAUUUCAUAGUUCAGUGAGCUUGAUCAGUUUCGAUAUCUUCUUAGCUUCAGUACUUCUGUAUCUUCAUUUUAUGAUGUUCUUCUUAUUCAAGAGGAUAAACAUCAGUGCAAAUAAAUGACAGAUGAUAAGUAUUUGA